GAGGUAGAGGAGGAGGAGGAAUCCUGGAGACACGGUUGCAGUGGGUCGGGGUCUCGUGUAUCGCGCCGAAGAAGACGAAGCGGGAGAAAGGGUGGCCUCGUCGUCGUCGUCAUCUGGUCACACUUCUUGGCCUCUCUCCUCCGGGAGGAAGGGAGUGAGAUAAGCAGAUAGAUAGAGGUGAGCGAAGCAUCGGCAUUGAGCCGAAUGGUGUAGAGAGCUCCAGGGAUGGAUCGCCGGAGCUGGCUGUGGCGGCGGAGGUCGUCGGAGAAGAGCCCCGCCGAGACUGAGAGCUCGGUGUCCUCUCCAUCCGAGAGGCUGUCUGAUGAGCAGGAUACUGCAAAGAGUUCUCCAAGCUCAGUCCAAUCACCGGAGAUCGUGUUGAAGGAAGCACAGGAUGACAAUGUGAAGGUGAAGGUGUUGAGUGAGAGACUGUCGUCUGCAGUUUUGGACAUUCGUGCAAAAGAUGAUCUUGUGAAGCAGCAUUCAAAAGUUGCAGAAGAAGCUGUUCUAGGAUGGGAGAAGGCUGAGAAAGAGAUUGCAUCACUGAAAACCCAGCUGAAUGCUGCAAAUGUCAGGAACUCAACAUUGGAAGACAAAAUUGUUCAUCUCGAUGGCGCCCUCAAGGAAUGCGUCAGGCAACUCCGGCAUGCCAAGGAAGAUCAGGAUCAGAAAGUCCAGGAUGCGCUAGCACAGCAAUCACGUCAAUGGGAAUCCAAGAAGACGGACCUCGAGCUGCGAAUAGUCGAGUUCAAGGCAAAACUCGAAGCGAAGACCGAGUUCUCUGUGAACAUUGACAGUGAUGCAAGCUCAAGGCUGGCCUCCCUAGAGAAGGAGAACUCUGCUCUCAAGGUCCAGCUGCUCGCCAAGUCGGAAGAGUUGGAGCUCAGGACCAUAGAGAAGGAGCUGAACAGAAGGGCAGCAGAGACGGCCAGCAAGCAGCAGCUUGAGAGCAUCAAGAAGAUUGCCAAGCUCGAAGCCGAGUGCAGAAGGCUGCAGGCCAAUGCACGGAGACCCUCAUUUGGUGUAGAGCUCAGGCGUGCACCGAGCUCAGUCUAUGCUGAGUCAGUCACUGACUGCCAGUCAGACUGCUCGGACUCAUGGGCCUCAGCUCUGAUCACCGAGCUCGAUCAGUUCAAGAACGACAAGAGCAGCACAAGGAGUGCAAGCAUUACAGCUGCAGAUAUCGGCAUGAUGGAUGACUUCCUAGAGAUGGAGAAGCUUGCAUUGGCGAACAAUCCGCCGAAGAGCGAGGUUGAGGAUGCUAGUGGGCAGCUGGUGAAGUUUGAGGAGAAGAUCAAGAAGCUGACAUCCGAGAAGGCAGACAGGGAGAAGGCAUUGCACGAAGCUCAGCGAGAGCUCAGGAAUGCCCGCCAUCGGACAAUGGUGGCAGAGGAGAAAUCUGUUGAAUUACAGAGGCAGUUGAACCUUGUCAAGGGAGAAAAGCAUUCCAUAGAAACUGAAAUGGAAGCCAUUGAGAACAGAAGGAAUGAACUGGAGGGAAAACUUGAGCUAGCCCAUGAUGAGAUCACCAGCUUGAUGGACAAGGGGCGCAUUCUGGAGGAACGCCUCGAAUCCGAAAAGGCGCUGACGCUGGAACUGGCUGCAAAGUAUCAGAAGAUGGAUGAACUGGAGGCAAAGAGGAAAGAGCUGCGUGUUCAGUUGGAGGCAUCACAGUCUGAAGCCAGAAAGCUCAGUGAUCAGAUCACUUCCCUAGAGAGGAAACUGGAGAAGGAGAAGGCGUUCUCGACACUGCUCGCAGCGAAGUGCCAUGACAUCGAAGCUAUGGAAGAAAAGAAGAAGGGUAUAGAGCAUGAGUUGGAGUCGGCACGAGAGGAAAUUGCAUCUCUGCAUAACAAAGUGAGCAGCUUGGAACUGAAAAUUCAGGAAGAGAAGGCACUGUCUACCAAACUCGCAGCACGGUCCCGUGAUCUAGAGUCACUGGAUGUGCAGGCAAAUGAACUCAGAUCCCAGCUCCAGUCUGCAAAUUCAGAAAUUGCUGGUCUGAAUGAGAAGGUUAAAAUGCUUGAAGAAGCUGAAGAGAAACACAUGCCAUUGACUUCAGGAUUGGAGUCCCAGCUCAAGUUGGCACAGAAUGAAACCAUGCGCCUCAAGGAUAGUGUCAGAUCGUUGGAAAAGAAGCUGGAAAGCCAAAAGAACUUGUCAUCAGCUUAUAUAACUGCAUUGGAUGCUUCUGAAGCCCAGAAGAACAAAUUCGCCAGUCGGUUUGAGCUCAAAGAGGCAGAAGUGGAGGAAUUGCACAGGAAGUUCCGUUUGCUCGAGGACCAAAUUCGCGAAGAGAGAGCACGAUCUUCUGAACUUGGAGUGCAAUGUAUAAAUCUGAAAGAGCAAAUUGCCAGCAGGGCUCUUAGCCAGCCAAUGAAGCCUAUGGCUAAUAAGGAACUUCACAUAAAAAAGGAGAAAGAGGUAGCUCGUGCAGCAGCAGCUGGGAAACUGGCAGACUGCCAGAAGACAAUAGCUUCACUGAGCAGGCAAUUAAAAUCUUUAGCAGAUUUUGAUGAGUUUGUCCCUGGAUUCGAGAACGACAGCUUAAUAGCUGAAAGCUGGGAGGAAGGUGAUCUGAAACCGUUUAACUCAGCAAAUUACCCAGCACAAUUGGGGUGUCUGGCAGUCAAAUAAUUGUUGUUGAGGCGAGAAGACUGCCAUAGUUUUUAUUCUGGCCGUCACAUGGUUGCCGCGAUGAGAAGAUUGCCAGAAUCCUUCAGGAGAUGCUAUGUAUAUGAAGAGAUAAAUUAAUAGUUUAUAGAUAAGCAAGUGUCCAUAUGUAAACGUUGCUAAUAAAAUUAUUCAAGACUUGAAGGGAACCUAUGUAGAGAUUAAUUUUGUUCCCCUUGUGCCAACCAUGGAAAUUGGCAAUUUUCUUUUCUUCA